AUGUUGCGUGAGAUCAACCGCUCACAGUGGUGCCGGUCGAAUGCGGAUGCUGAUGUCUGUCCCAGCUACAUUUCCAACAUUGCCGCGUUCGAGCUCAAACCGGUGUUCAUCACAGGUUGCACAAUCACUGCCGUCGCCUUUGCUCUGACUGUGGUCGCGGUCCACUACGCUCGUUAUUCCAGUCACUUAUACGGGCUCGUUUACGAUGCACAAUGGAAGAAGAGAACCUCGGUCCUUGCCGUCAUUGCCGGCCUGUGGGCAUCUCUAUCUUUGCUGCUGCUUACCGUCUUUGACACGUACCGUGCCCAUGACCGCCACGUGAUCUUGAUGUUGUCUUGUUUGGCCGGGCUCGGUCUUUCCUCGAUCGCUACCAGUGCCGUAUGGUUCGACCAGGCCUGGAGACCUCCGGCACGAGAGGGCUUGCGGAAAUGGUGGUGA